CUAUUGGCCGUUUCCCUUGUGACGUCUGGGGACUGCGGUUGUCCUAUGUAUCAAGCGCCGGGCUUAGUUUCCGUAUCUUAAAGAGAGCCCGGAGAUCGCUGGGUUUCUUGUAUGCUGCAAGGAGAGGCAGAAGCCAAGAAGAGCCGGGCCUGCCUUCUCGUCAGCCCCGCUCCGCUCCGGUCACCGGGGAUGGGGACAGCUCUCCGCUAGACUCGCUGUCAAACUGGACGGGGAAAGGGGAAAGCUGUUCCCACCGGCCGAAGUCAGAACCAUGCUGUGACCAAAGUUGGAGUCUGAAGCGAAAGUAGCCCCCUCACUCCCUUUUACAAGCGGGAUCCGAUCUAAAAGAACACCAAAGGGAGUGUAUACAUUGGGGGAUGCAUCACCCUGGAAACUAAAGUACUGAAGAAGAUGAAAAGGUGUUUCGAAGGUAUCGGGCUGCAAUGCUUUCUUAAGGGCCAAAUAGAGAUAUCAUCUAUUUGUGCAUGAAAAGGAUCUUCUGCUAUGGAUGCACCUGCCUAUGUACUCAACAUCUCAUCCUUUGCCUGCUGUUUGUGGCACCUCAGAACAUCUUCAGAUAGUUCAUGCUUCAGGAUGGGCCAAUGGCGGCCACACAAAGCCAAAAGUACCUCCUGGUCUUUGACUUUGAUGAGACCAUUGUAAAUGAGAAUAGUGAUGAUUCUGUCGUCCAGGCUUCUCCUGAGAAAAAGCUGCCAGAAUCCAUACGCCAAACCUUCCGGGAAGGCUUCUACAAUGAAUACAUGCAGCGGGUUUUGAAAUAUCUGGGGGAUCAAGGGGUAAAGAUGGCCGACUUCAAAGCAGCCUAUGAAAAGAUUCCCUACUCUCCUGGCAUGCAGGAGCUCUUCCGGUUCCUCUCUAAGCACCAGAACCACUUUGAGAUCAUCCUCAUCUCUGAUGCCAACAUGUUUGGCAUUGAAUGUUCUUUGAAGGCUGCAGGAGUUUACUCCCUCUUCCGUAAAAUAUUCAGUAACCCUUCUAGCUUUGACAAGACAGGCUACUUCAUCUUGGGCCCUUACCAUUCACACAAUUGCCCUCGGUGCCCUUCAAAUAUGUGCAAACAGAAGAUCCUGAUUGAAUACCUGGAAGAAAGAGCUCGGGAAGGAAACAAAUUUGAGAGAAUCUUCUAUGUGGGAGAUGGAGCCAAUGACUUCUGCCCUUCCGUGGCAAUGAAGUCCAGCGAUGUUGCCUUCCCAAGGAAGGGCUAUCCCAUGCACCAGCUCAUCCAGGAGAUGGAGAAAAACCAGCCCAGGGCUUACCAGGCUACUGUAGUCCCUUGGGACUCUGCCAUAGUGGUUUGUUCCCACCUUCAAGAAGUUCUCAAGGAAUCAUCCUGAGGGGAAAACUUGGCAGAAGCGGCAAUUCUCCUUGAUUUACCUGUCAUACAGCAUGGAAAGAUCUCAGCAAUUAACCUUGCACUGCCUCAUGCUUGGCUUCUGCUCUUGUUUCCCCCCUCUCCCCUUUCUCUCAUUGUGCACAGUCUGUCUCUGGAUCGCCCCUUCUUUUGAUCUCGAGAUAAGGGCUCUCUAUGCAGUUUUGGCAAUCCAUUCCUGGAAGGGUGGGUGGGUUGCCUGCCGCCUCAUAUGCUUUGCUUGCCUAUGCAGAAAAUGCUGUUGCAUUUCUUAAAAAUUGCUUGCCCAUUUUGGGGAUACAGAAAAGGUGUAUCUCCGCUACCAAAGCAUAUAAAAGCAGACAUGGGUCCUGGCUCUUUGAAGAUGACAAUAAAAUCAUCUGCUGUAGAUCUAAAUGGAGCAGAAUUAUGUGUCUGCCAAGUCAGGUUUCGUUUAAUCUAUGAUUUAUCCACUCAGCCAGGUUCGGCUAAGUUCAUAUACUAUUAAGCUAUAAACCAUGGUUCACAAACCACAGUGGCUGGAUUCACACAUCAAAAUAAAUUAUUGUGUAAUGUAAGAUAAAUGGUUAUCUACAUCUUCAAAAAAAUAUGCCUAAAAGGAAAAAAAAAUGCUAAAAGGUAAUUUAAAUGUGUCAUUGUUGCUGGGCAUAACAUAAUCAU